GCUUAAUGCACUUAAUGGGAAAAGGAUAUUUUGCAAGAAGCUACAGGGGAGAGAUAAAUCAUGAGAAGUACAUAUCUGCACGAUAUAAACAUAAUAUGGACUGGUCGAACGAUAAAAAAAUGCCUGAAAGUGAUGAUAAACAGGGACGGAAUGAAACUGAGUUAUUACGAGAAACUCGAUUUAUCAGCGGAAGCGGGUACGAGGGAACGUGGAAUGCGAUUGACAAGACAGGCAUUGGCAGAUAUGUCACACCUCACGGGGUUGUAUUAGACGGAGAAUAUCGGAAUGGUAUGCUUCAUGGUCACGGAAGCAUGUACUGGCCACGUGGACAAAUAAUGGAUGGCACUUGGAAGCGCGGAAAAAUGGAACAAAGGCGUUAUACAUUCGCGGAUGGUCUGCCGUAUCAGGAAGAAGGAUGGAAUUAUUGCAUAUUCCCAGAGAGGCGGUUUUACAAUUGCAUAGUGAACGGAUUGAGACCAGGCGGCAGAGUAUUAAGAACCAACGACCAACCCACUAAAAUUAUUCCCCCGUUCUGCUACGACACCGGUUCCGGAAUCUUUGAUCCACGCAGCAAUUGCGUAACAUCCUAUCGUAAUUGCAAAAAAAUAAUCAAGAUUCCAACGACGGCAGAAAGUACAUGGAUAAAGAGAAAUUGUCGAAAAGGCUGGUCGGAGCCAACCGGCGACCAAGCAUGGUUACACGAAUACUGGCAAUCGGGUGCGGCGGAUUUUGCAACGUUACCGCCGGAAGAUGAAACGGAGAAUUGGUGGCGAAGGUAAAGUAUAAUUUAAAAAUAAUGCCAUUCUAUCUAAAAUUACGCAAGCAGACGUAAUCGUGGAAUAAUCGAGUACAAUUAUAGUCAACUCCUUUAUUGUUUUAAUUACAUUUCUUUAAGAAUAACGAGUUUUGCCAGGCAGCCGCCUGCUAGUAUAACGAAUAAAAUGCAACUGCAUUAAGGGAAA